AGGGUACAGGAAUUUCCUUGCAGUAUUUCUAGGUGUGGUAAAAUUUUUGAUUCUCUUUUAAGUUAUGAAUCUCAUUAUAAUACACAGCAUCGAAACUGUUGUUCUGUUUGUAAACGAGUUUUUCCUUCUAAUUAUUUACUAGAACUACAUCUUCUAGAAUGGCAUGAUAGUAUGUUUGAAAUACAGGCAGCAAAACAAAACAUGUAUAAAUGUUUAGUUGAAUCUUGUCCAACUCUACUACAAACUUCUAAAACCAGGAAAAAACAUAUGAUAGAGAAACAUCACUUCCCUUCCAAUUAUAGAUUUGAUAGAGUCAAAAAG